CUUUCUUUUUCCAUAGAAUUUUAAUUCAUUGUAACAUGUCUGAACCUCAGGAUAUGGUUAUUGAUCCAAAAGAAGAUCAAGGACAAAAACAAGUUUCACCUGUUUCAGAAGAGACAACCUCUCAAGUUGACUCUGAUGUUGAUUCAGUAUCACGUAUGGCUUCUUCAAAGGAGUCGACACCACUUCGUACCUUUAAAGAACCUUCCCUUUACGAAACUCGUGUCAAACGUUAUAGAUAUCUUUUGGGUCAAACCGAAUUGUUUGCGCAUUUCUUGAAAUUAAAGGAUGACAAGGAUGAUGCCAUGCAAGCCGUUUUAAAAGAAAAGGAAUUGCAACGAUUAAAUGAAGACGAAGAAGGAUCAAGGCGUAGAAGAAAGACAGAAAAGGAAGAAGAUGAGGAAAUCUUAAAUAUUGAACAAGGAGAAGAAGAAGAGGAGAUGACGGUGUUUACUGAAUCCCCUGCAUACGUCACAGGAGGUACACUCAGAGAAUAUCAAGUUCAAGGAUUAAACUGGAUGAUUUCAUUAUUUGAGAAUGGCAUCAAUGGUAUUUUAGCUGACGAAAUGGGUUUGGGUAAAACAUUGCAAACGAUUUCAUUUUUGGGUUACUUGAAGCAUAUUCGUAACAUUAAAGGCCCUCACUUGGUUGUUGUUCCUAAAUCCACAUUGCACAAUUGGUUGAACGAAUUCAACAAGUGGGUACCUGAUUUCGAUGCGUUUGUAUUUCACGGCGAUAAAGAAAAGAGAGCUAAUUUGAUCAAGGAACGUAUUCUUCCUGGUAAAUUUGAAAUUUGUAUCACUUCCUAUGAAAUCUGUUUGAUGGAAAAGACACAAUUCAAAAAGAUCAAAUGGCAAUAUUUGAUUAUUGAUGAAGCGCAUCGUAUCAAGAAUGAAAACUCCAUGCUUUCUCAAUUAGUACGUAUUUUACCUUCCAGAAACCGACUUUUGAUUACGGGUACACCAUUACAAAACAAUUUGCACGAACUUUGGGCACUUUUGAAUUUCUUGCUCCCCGAUGUAUUCAGCUCUUCCGACGUAUUUGAUGAAUGGUUUGAAAAACAAGGUGGAGAUCAGAAAAAGGUGGUUGAACAGUUACAUAAAGUCUUGCGACCCUUCUUGUUGCGUCGUAUUAAGUCCGAUGUCGAGAAAUCAUUGCUUCCCAAGAAGGAGAUGAACGUCUAUGUACGUAUGUCACCCAUGCAACGCCAAUGGUAUCAAAAGAUUUUGGAAAAGGAUAUCGAUGCUAUCAAUGGUGUUGGUGUCAAUAAGCGUGAAGGAAAGACGCGUCUUUUAAAUAUUGUCAUGCAAUUACGAAAGUGUUGCAACCAUCCUUACUUAUUCGAUGGUGCUGAGCCUGGACCCCCCUUCACCACCGACCAACAUCUUGUCGAUAAUGCUGGUAAGAUGAUUGUUCUCGAUAAACUACUCAAGAAAUGUAAAGCACAAGGUUCUCGUGUACUUUUGUUCAGUCAAAUGAGUCGUGUUCUUGACAUUUUGGAAGAUUACUGUUGGUGGAAAGAAUACCAAUACUGCCGUAUUGAUGGUCAAACCAGCCAAGAAGAUCGUAUCGACGCUAUUGAUGAAUACAACAAGCCUGAUAGUGAGAAGUUUAUCUUUUUGUUAACCACUCGUGCUGGUGGUCUUGGUAUCAAUUUAACCUCGGCCGAUAUUGUUAUUUUGUAUGAUAGUGAUUGGAAUCCUCAAGUUGAUUUACAAGCCAUGGAUCGUGCUCAUCGUAUCGGACAAACUAAACAGGUUUACGUGUUCCGUUUCGUGACUGAGAACGCAAUUGAAGAAAAAGUAUUGGAGCGUGCUGCCCAAAAGCUUCGUCUGGAUCAAUUGGUAAUUCAACAAGGUCGUAUGUCUGCUGGAGCCAAAUCCAAGCUUGCUUCUAAAGACGAUUUACUUACGAUGAUCCAACACGGCGCUGAGAAUAUCUUCAAGGAUGAGAAUAAUGAAGAUACCGGUGCUGAUGAUAAUAUUGAUGAAAUUUUACGUCACGGUGAAGAGAGAACAGCCGAAUUAAAUAGCAAGUACUCCAACUUACAAAUUGACGAUUUGAAGAACUUUUCUUCUGAAAGUGCAUACAAGUGGGAUGGUGAAGAUUGGAGUCACAAGAGAAAGGCUGAAAGUGUUGGUCUUUCUUGGUUAGGACCUGCUAAAAGAGAAAGAAAGGCCAAUUAUGCUGUUGAUGAUUAUUAUAAAGAAGCUUUGCGUACAAGUGCUCGUACUCCCUCCACAAAGGCACCUCGUCCUAAAAAAUACAACAUUGAAGAUUUCCAAUUCUUCCCUGCUCGUCUCGCAGAAUUGAAUGAUCGAGAUACACUUUAUUUGCGAAAGACAUUAGGCUAUAAGAUUCCACCAGUAACCCCUGAGGAAGGCAUGUCCGACGAAGACCUGAAACAAUUGGAACUUGAAAGAGAAGAGGAACAAAAGAAGAUUGAGGCAGCCGAGCCUCUUACUGAGAAGGAAGAAGAAGAGCGUAAGAGCUUAUUUACCAAGGGAUUCUCCAACUGGGGUAAAAAAGAUUUCGCGAUUUUCAUCAGUGCCUGUGCCAAAUACGGAAGAAAAGACUUAGAAUCGAUUACUUCCGAGUUGGAAGGUAAGACUUUAGACGAAGUGAAAAAAUAUUCCAAGGUCUUUUGGUCUCGAUACAAGGAGAUUUCCGACUACGAAAGACAUAUUUCCAAGAUUGAAAAGGGAGAAAGCGAAUUAGAGAAACAAGCAGAUAUCCAAGGACAAUUGACAGAAAAGGUUCAACGUCAUCGUAUCCCACUUCAACAGUUAAAGAUUCAUUAUACUCAACCCACCAAAGGUAAAAAUUAUACAGAGGAGGAAGAUCGUUUCUUGGUUGUUAUGCUUGAAAAAUAUGGUUACGGCUCUGAAAAUGUCUACGAUCAUAUCCGUCGUGAAAUCAAGCAAUCUCCUCUCUUUAGAUUCGAUUGGUUCUUAAAAUCAAGAACUUCUCAAGAAAUCGCUAGACGUUGUAACACAUUAAUCAGUUUAAUUCAAAAGGAAAAUGCCGAAUUCGAUGAAUCUGAAGAAAAGAAGCAACCCCAGGCAAAGAAUAGAGAGACUGAAACUACUCCUGUUGUUGAACAACCACCCAACGUUCACGCUGUGCUUGCCCAACUCAAGGCUAUUUUCGAUCCUGAGAAUCUUGCCAAGGACAACUUUUUCAGAGAAUUAGUCGAAAGAGAUGCCGAAGGCUGGGUUGCUGUCAAAAAAAUGUCCAUGAUCAAGCGAUUCAAAGAGAUCCUCGAAGGCGAUCUUUCCUUGUUUGAAAAGGCUACUACUUUAGCCCCCAAAGAUUUCGAAAUGAAUGCCGAAAAGACUCACUUACGCUGUAUCAGUAAGGCCGUGGAAGCUACUGUCGAGAAAGUUGAAGAAAAGCCCGUGAAUCAUAUUUUGACACAUAUGGAACUUCAAAACAAGAGAUCUAUCUAUGCUAAAGGAUUUCCUGUAGAGAACCAUCCAUCUGAAAAGGAGAUGAAGGAGUUUUAUAGUAAAUACGGCCGUGUUGUUUCUAUGCGUCUUCGUCGUGAAGGUACAUCCAACCGUGAUGGAGCCUUCAAGGGAAGUAUUUUUGUUGAAUUCGAAACACCUGCUAUUGCUGAAAGAGUGGUUGUAGAGGCCACCGAAUACAGUCCUGAAAUUCCUUUGAUGAACAUGUUAAAGCACGACUAUGUUGAAAUGAAGAAGAUUGAAAAGUUCGCGGGUCAAGAAUAUGAAUUCACCAAGUUUGCACACAGACAUUUAGUCGAAUAUUCCAAUGGUCAAGAAUUCCGUUAUAAGGAAAUUAAGGAUCUUGUCAAGGGAGUGCAUUCUGAUAUUGGACGUCUUGAACCCUUGAAGGAGGAAGGUACAGGUGUUUUGGAGUUAUUCAAGCUUUCACCUGAAGAGUUCUUAGCCAAGUUGACAGAUCAACAAAUUGAAGGUGUCAAGUUCUUUUUGGUCAGCUCCGAUGCACGUGCUCAUUUUAAUAAGAUUCAAAAGGAGGCUCAUGCUUCCAAGCGUGGUGGUGGUCGUGGCGGUCGUGGUGGCCGUGGCGGUCGUGGAGGUCGUGGUGGUCGUGGCGGUGGUGGUCGUGAUGGUGGAAAGAAGAGAGGUAGUGAAGCUACUGAUGCCAAUAAGGUUGAAAUCAAUACCAAACGUGCUCGUACUGUUGAAGUCAAGUCUGGCAUACCCACGAUUGCCACAGCACCUAAUUAAAUCCUUUUUGUACAAUCCCCCCACCCCAUUAGAAUAAUAAAUAAGCUUUAACCUUUUUUAUGACGUUUUUCAUGAC